UGAGCCCGUGCAGACCCUGCCUCUCCCUCCACCCUGAGAAAGAGCCUCCUCGCCCAGGGACCUAUCGCACAAGACCUCCCUGCAGCCUACUCGUGGGUCGGGGUUUCCAUCGCCCAGCAGGCCUGGUUGUCAGGAGCACCUUGAGUGCCCCUCUGAAGAGACCGCACCUUGUAAUCAAAGAACCACGCACUGUGCGUCCCUGAGGCCCUGGAUACUGGAGAACCACACUGCAGCACUUUGCAGAAGGGCUUAGACAGCUACUCCUUGAGGUUGCCCAAAACAGGGACGCUGUUGAGGGACGCUGAGCAGCAUCCGAAGCCUGGGAUUUUUGUGUUGGUGCAUGAGCUCCAACCGCCUCUGCGUCCUCGGACAUCUGUGUUACAGCACAGUCCGGAGAUUGUUCAUCAGCAUGACCCUGAGUCAUGGGUUCCUGGAUUUGUCUCAUGAUCCUCCCACUUUGUUUAAGAGGGGGGAAAAGAAGUUAAUCCAUGUUAGCAUUUCCACCAAAACCCUCCUCCAUGUCUGGCAAUUAAUCAUUACCCUUAACCUUACCCCUAAAUAUUGACCUUAAAGGAGAAAUUUGGCUUACUUAAAAGUGACUCUAGAUCAGCCUAUGCACUUAACAGCGUAGCGUUUUUAUUUAGUAAAAAGUAUACGGAGUGUCAUCCUGAGAAAACAAAUUAAUCAAUGGAAGCUACCCCUCAAGGAAUUGGCAGUAUUAUGUAGUGGGGGAUAUUGUGUAUGUCAACACUAAAAUCAACAAAAGGAGAUGACUAGAGAAGCCAUUUUAAUUGUCCCUGUACUAGAGCUGAUUGAGGGCUGGCUUUACAGGUAUCAGAGAGUGGCCAAAGGGCAAAGGAAAGAGAAUCACUUUCUGCCUGAGGAGACCUGGCUGGCAUCACCCCAACCUAAGGAGGCAAUGUAUGAAGACAAGCAAGUGUGAGAGUGUGGAUCACAAGUGCCAUGUAAGACAAGUGGGUUCACUGAGAUGGAUCUGUUCAGAAGGCAGCCAGGGGCUGGAGCCUCAAGAAGUUUGAGCAGAGAUACAGAGUCAUAGUGCAAUUAUUAGUGCAGCUACAAAAGCUCAGAAAAAGCUGAGGAAAUGUCCUGUGCUGGGCUCCACAGGGCUCUGAAGAGAUAAAGUGGAGCCAUCCACCUGACUGAGGCUGACAAUCUGCCCUUCAACCAUAUUUGAACUAGAGAGAGGGAGGCUGAAAUGUGUUGAAGUGGAGUACAGUAACUUGACACCAUGAAGGAUCCCCUAAGCAAGUCUGGCUUUGAAACCUGAGGCACUUCAGAUAAUUUGUGGAUAUCUGCAAUGUUACCAGUCACAGGAAUGUGAGGUGCAGGAGAACAGGAAGCCAGCCAGCGAGUUCACCUCCCACCAUCAGCACCUCUUAUGAUGCACAGUGUACAGCGGGCUCACAAACACUCAAGAGAGGAAGAGAGAAGGAAGAUGUGUACUUGCCAGAUAAACUGCAGGAUGGAGGGGCUACUGCAUUACAUCAACCCAGCACACGCCAUCUCUCUGCUCAGCGCCCUCAAUGAGGAGCGCCUCAAGGGACAGCUGUGUGAUGUACUCCUGAUUGUUGGGGACCAGAAGUUCCGAGCUCAUAAGAACGUCUUGGCUGCCAGCAGUGAGUACUUCCAGAGUUUAUUCACGAAUAAGGAGAACGAGUCACAGACUGUCUUUCAGCUGGACUUCUGUGAGCCUGAUGCUUUUGACAACGUUCUGAACUACAUUUACUCUUCCUCCCUUUUUGUGGAGAAGGGCAGCCUUGCUGCUGUGCAGGAGCUGGGGUAUAGCCUUGGUAUCUCCUUCUUGACCAACAUCGUUGCCAAAGCCCCUCAGGCUCCUUUCCCAGCCUGUCCCAACAGGAAAAGAGUGUCUACAGAAGAUGAUGAGACCAGCUCUCAGAAACGAAGUGUCAUCGUGUGUCAGGGCAGAAGUGAAGUGCCAGGGAAAGCCAGUGGGCCGGCUGUGCAGGACCUGAGCCAUGCUGCCCUGGUCUCGCCAAGUGGUGCAGUCAAGACCAGCACCAAUAAGCCACCUGUGGCCAAGCCGCCAGAACAGCUUCACAGUCUGUCUUUAGCUGAAAAGAAUUGGCCGAAGGAUAGUGCUACCAUAUAUGCACAGUCUCUGGAACAGCCUGGGGCUUUGGAUGAUCCUAACAGGGGCAGUUUGGUUAAGAGAAAUGCAGUCCUACCCCCAAAGCCUUCACAAGACAGGGAGGCCACGGACGAUAAGCCAGGGGUAAGCAGCCAGCUACCCAAGGGGAAAGCUAUAGAGCUGGCUCUGAAGAGACCACGGCCACCUGUUCUGUCUCUUCGUAGCUCAUCAGAGACUCCAUAUCUCUUAAAAGAAACUAGCAAAGGAGGCAGUCAGGGGGAGGAUAGGAACUUGCUCUACUACUCUAAACUAGGCCUGGUGGUUCCAUCCAGCGGGCCUGCUUCUGCAAAUCAGAGCAUUGACAGAAGUGGCCCAUUAGUGAAAAGCCUCCUCAGGCGUUCACUGUCUAUGGACAGCCAGGUUCCUGUCUACUCCCCCUCCAUAGACUUGAAGUCAUCCCAGGGAUCAUCCACAGCAGCAAAUGAGGCACCAGGCAGUGUGUUCUGUGCAAUGUCUCAGAAGUCAUCUUUAAAAGAUGGCAGUGAAAAAAAAGCCCUGGAUGACAGGCCUCAAGUACUACAGCCUCAUCGCCUCAGGUCCUUUAGUGCUUCACAGUCGACAGACAGGGAGGGGACCUCCCCUAUGACUGAGGUGCGCAUUAAGACUGAGCCUAGCAGCCCUCUUUCGGACCCCUCAGACAUCAUCCGGGUCACCGUGGGAGAUGCAGCAACAACUACGAGAGACCUGCCCCUCAAAACAGAGGAAGACCAGAGGGACAUAAGCAGACUCCCAGCAAAGAGAAGGUUCCAGGCAGACAGAAGGUCACCCUUGAAGAAGGCAAGGGCAAAUGAGCUUGGGCCUUCUGUCUCAGAAGAGAACUGUGAGGCGGGCAGGAGCCCUCCUUCCCUUGACAGCAACUUCCCAGAUUCUGAAUUAAACAGAGAGGAGUUUGGUGAGUUGGAGGGGACGAGACCAAACAAAAAAUUUAAAUGCAAACAUUGCCUUAAGAUUUUUAGAUCAACCGCGGGUCUUCACCGCCAUGUUAACAUGUACCAUAACCCAGAGAAGCCUUACGCUUGUGACAUCUGUCACAAGAGGUUUCAUACCAACUUCAAGGUGUGGACACACUGUCAGACCCAACACGGCAUAGUGAAGAACCCAUCGCCAGCCUCUAGUUCCCAUGCAGUUUUGGAUGAGAAAUUCCAAAGAAAACUGAUUGACAUAGUGAGAGAGAGGGAGAUUAAGAAGGCCCUGAUCAUUAAGCUGAGGCGCAGCAAGCCUGGCUUCCAGGGACAGAGUAGUUCCCCAGCACAGCAAGUCAUCAAGAGGAACUUGCGCUCCCGAGCCAAAGGGGCCUACAUUUGUGCCUACUGUGGCAAGGCAUACCGCUUUCUCUCUCAGUUUAAGCAGCACAUAAAGAUGCACCCGGGAGAGAGGCCCCUCGGAGUGAGCAGAGCUGCUAAGCCGAAAGAGCGGGCUCUGGCACGCGCGGUAGAGAGCAAGGAGGUUUACCCGUGCCGCCUCUGUAAUGCUAAGCUCUCUUCUCUUCUAGAGCAAGGCAACCACGAGCGCUUGUGCCGGAACGCCACCGUUUGUCCUUACUGCAGCCUCAGGUUCUUCUCCCCGGCGCUGAAGCAGGAGCAUGAGGACAGGUGUGAGUACAAAAAGCUGACCUGCCUGGAGUGCAUGCGCACCUUCAAGUCUUCCUUCAGCAUCUGGCGGCACCAGGUGGAAGUGCACAACCAGAACAACAUGGCUUCAGCAGAGAACCUCUCCCUGCCCACCCUGGACCACAACGGUGAAGUGGCAGCUGCUUCCAGGCCUCAGGCUGAGCCUAGCAAGGUAAACCACGUGGUUGCUCCAAAAGAGGACACAGUGUUUAGUGACUCUUCAGAGCAAGUGAACUUCGAUUCUGAGGAUUCCUCCUGCCUCCCUGAAGACUUGAGUCUUUCAAAGCAACUGAAAGUCCAAGUCAAAGAGGAGCCUGUGGAGGAGGCUGAGGAGGAGGCUCCUGAGGCCAGUGCAGCUCCCAGGGAGGCUGGUCCCAGCAAGGAGGCUGGUCUGUGGCCCUGCGAGAAAUGUGGAAAGAUGUUCACGGCACACAAGCAGCUGGAGCGACACCAGGAGCUGCUGUGUUCCGUGAAGCCCUUCAUCUGCCACGUGUGCCACAAAGCCUUCCGUACCAACUUCCGGCUCUGGAGUCAUUUCCAGUCCCACAUGUCUCAGGCCACAGAUGAGCCUGCACAGAAAGAGGCUGAGGUGUGUCCUGUGCCCACAAAUUCCCCCUCACCACCACCUCUGCCACCUCCACCACCCUUGCCCAAGAUCCAGCCCCUGGAGCCCGACAGCCCCACAGGCCUUCCUGAGAACCCGACCCCAGCCACAGAGAAGCUGUUUGCCCCCCAGGAGUCAGAUACCCUCUUCUACCACGCCCCUCCCCUUUCAGCAAUCACAUUCAAAAGACAGUUUAUGUGCAAACUCUGCCAUAGGACAUUCAAGACCGCCUUUAGUCUUUGGAGUCACGAGCAGACACACAAUUAAAUGACCUACCCCUCUCACCUGUCACAAAACAGCAGGCCCUUGACUUGUGAACUGUGUCCUAAGACAACAUUUUUUUUAAAAAAUAAUAAAGGUUGGAAAUUGUUAUGUUUGAAUUUUAGGUUUGGGAUAAAUUGAUAUUGGCUAGGAAUGUCCUUACAGCUUCAGAAACAAACUCAGAAAUAUACUGGUUUUGGACCUCAGCAAGCAGGGGUUUGAUUCUGUUACUGUUGAAGUUGAGUUAAUGUUGGUGAAUUGCAUGGUUCCUCAUUCCAAGGCGUCACAAUAAUUACUUGAUUGAGGUUUUUGUUUUCUGGGUAGUGGGAUAUUAGGGUAUUGUUGGGUUUUUGGUUUGGGGUUUUUUUAAAUUUAUUAUUAUUUCAGACACCUAAGUUUGAGGUAACCCUUAGCCAUGUUUGUCAGGCCAAAAACAUGAGGAAAAAAGGGAGUCACUUGCAGUAUUGAGUUAGAUUUUAGAAUACCUUAGCAAUAAGAAAAAACAAAUCCAACUUUAAUAAAUUAUCCUGACACUUGAUAAGACAAAUAUUUGGUAUUUUAUGGUCCUAUGAAACUUUCUUUUUGUAUGAAAAUUGUGAGAAUUUAAAUCAGCAAUAGUCACACUUAGAUUUUUUAAUCAAACAACGAGCUAUUAAUCACUUCGUAUAAUCAGUGAUGGCCAUGUGCUAAGGAAGACAGAAGUGGAAAGAAACAUGUUUGUGGAGUGCUCAACAGUCAGUAUCAACAGAUAAGUUGUGAAAGCCACUGAACUCUGUGGUACGCCUUCCACAUCAUAACAGCUUUCAACUGGCACUCCAGAGCCCACAGUGUUUGGUCUCUGCCAGCUUGAAACUCAGGUGUCAUUGGGAUAAGCAGUGCCAGCAUGAGGUUAGCAGACACAGCCUCACCACAUCCUAGACCACCAUUCCUUCUAGGGGCUUCAGAGACUGGAGGAAGUGCCUCGUUGCAGCUUUCAUGCGCUUUCCAAGAACGGUGUGCACAACAUACACACUUCUGUCUGUCUUAUGUGAGGACUUCUGUGGGGGUGUUGAAGUGGAUAACAGUGAAAAUGUCACUAUCUGACAUGCAAAGGUAUAUUAAAGCUCUAGCAAAGGUCCAAAAUUAGUUUUUGCAACUUGAUUUGUUACUUAGGGUUUGGGAUUCUAUUUUUUUUUUUUUUCCUGUUUCUACAUAGGUUCUAAGUAAAAGCCUCUCCUCGGUAGGCAAUAUCCAAAGUUCAGUGGAGUAUUUCAAAAGGCAGAAUUGCAUGACCUAGGGAGGGUCACACCUGGAAAGAAAAUUAGGGGAGCACAAACUCCCUGUUUAGUUUUGCCACAAGCUGUUUCUUCACAUUUUCAAGGUGUGCUCUAGCAGAGACACCACCCGUCUGCUCACCAGCAUUCUACACCCAUGGUAGCAAAGGCAGUCUUUAUGUUGAAGCAAAGAUUUUUUUUUUUAUAAAAUACUAAUUGGCUUUGUAAUUAUGGAAGCUAUAUGUAGAAUUUUGACCUUUAUUCUUUCACUUGAAAAGGCUAUUGAAAAUCCAUUAAUAUGUCUGCAUUUCCUAUUUUGUUCCUUAAAUUUUCAGAGAAGGGAAAUAAAAUUAGGCUGCAGCUACUGAUUCUUGCCAUCUGCUUUUUUGAACUAUGCAUUUUAGAGAUGAACUGAAAGCGCCCACCUUUUAAUGAAUGAAGCUAGUGCCAGGCUAGGUAGCUGUCCACUGAACUCAUUCCCUGUGGUGAGUAUCUAGUCUCUCCCUCUAAACACCUUGGAGUGUCACUUUUUUCAAGACCAUCUCCCUGCAUGGUCAUCUCCUAUGUAGAUACAGAGCGAUAAUCUCCAAACCUGGCAUUGCUAGCUCAGUGCCCAAGGACUUGAACCUAUGCUACAUUUUCGAAUAUUUAUAAAAUAAUAUUGUUGCAGAAAAAAAAAAGAAAAAACUAUUUUUGAUCUCAAUGUAGGGUCUUCAUAUCUGUUAGGUUUUACAAAUUACCAGUGUUUGUCACCUUUUUUGUCUAGGAAUAAAACAUAAGAUUUCAAAUAAAAAUUUGAACCAAAAACA